AUGGUCGUCCAAAACCGCUAUACUCGAGCUUGCGAGUCUCCUUCACCAUCACGGUCUCCUUCUGAGGAUUCACCUUCCAGUUCCGAUGAUUUGAGUCCCGGGCCACCACCACCAGAUGAAGAUAUGUACCCUGACCAGCCUGAAUAUACCUUCUUCGAAAUCAUCGUCGGUGUCACUCCCCAUACAGUUCAGUGUAUUCGACUUUAUUUUCAUCGUCUGUGGCAAAUUGAGGCGCCUAUCUCAUUCCGCUUUCAAGAUGCCCAGAUUGUCACAGGGAACUUGUCGUCUAUGAUCACUGUUUCUGAACGAUGGGCACUUGCCUGCUUGCAUAAGGACGAAGAAGCAGGGAUGCCCUUGUUCAGUAAGAACAGGCUGAACAAGGCUGUAUGUGACGCGGGGCUUAAAGAAUACGAAAAGGCAACUGAGAUUGACGCUCGAGAUUUCAUUUCUCAUUUGAAGGACCUGAGAAACGCAAUCCAAGAUGUAUCUUAUCGAAUCGAGGAUGUUGCAAGAGUUAUAAAGCAGGACCUUGAGCCUUGCCGAACGGUCUUGAACUCUUGCAUAGAGAAUUUGAUCAAGGAUUGGUACCAUGGCCAAGGGCCAUCGAUCGAUUCUGCAUCUGUCUAUCUCAAGGUACUUGGUAACGAGAAGAGAGGCCACUGGAAAUGCGCCUCAGACUCCUCAAUCAACGCAAAGGACACAUAUUUGAGACCUGCUGACCUUGUUACCAUGAACCUACCGGAUGCUAUUCGGAACCUCGAACAUUACUUGACUAUCGCGCUCUUCUCACUCGAGAAGAUGCUUGAGUUGGAUUUCCAGCUUUUCCCCAUCCUCCGGAAACUCAAUCUCACAGGCGAAAAGUACGCCAUCAAUCGCACGGAGCUAUUGUGGGCACGGCUAUCUUUGCGUCAUCUUCAGGGAGAAGCUCAGCGUCGUAGCGAGGAGCUUGAGGCUUUUCAAGUACUCCUCAAAUGUCGGCUUUGGAGGCGUUACGGACGGGCAGGGCGGGAAUACGUGGCCAAGCUGUUUCCUGAUCUGCCUGAAACUUUCAUCGACACUCUUGACGUGCCGGCUUUGAUCUCGAUUGCGCUAGGGAUUGAGGACAGCGAGACAGCGCGCAGACACAUGGGGGGCCUAUGGCAACAAAUUGGGCGAAGCAACGGCGGACGUGACUUUGAUGUUAGCUUCCCAUGUAGAGAAAAACAGCGCGAAGCCUUGAGGUUUGCGGCAGGAGGCCGUUUCAGAGGUUUAGACUCGAGAGACAUUUAG